AUGGGGGCGGCUGCGAGCCGCGACACUGCAUGCCUAGCCGGCAUGAUGCGCAGCUCUCGCCCACUGCCAUCGAGUGCUGAGCCGAUCACGGUGACCAUCUGCGGUGCAGCAGGGCAGAUUGGCUACUCCCUCUUGCCCAUGAUUGCCUCAGGUGGCAUGUUCGGGCCCUCCCAGAGAGUGAACCUACAGUGCCUGGACUUGAAAUUGCCGGAGGUGAUGGACAGCAUGCAUGGCAUGGAGAUGGAGCUUCAAGAUGGGAACUUCCCGCUGUUGCAUAAGUCUCUUUUCACGACGGAUGAUGCGCUGGCAUUUAAGGGAGCCGACUACGCCAUCCUUCUGGGGGCCUUCCCUCGGCAGGAUGGGCUAGAGAAGCGGGACGUCAUGGAGAAGAAUGUUAUGAUCUUUCGCACCAUGGGGCGAGCCCUUGAGAGACAUGUCAAGUAUGACUGUAAGGUGCUCGUGGUGGGUAACCCAGCGCAUACAAACGCAUGGGUUUGUGCCCACUACGCGCCCUCCUUGCCGAAGCAGAACUUUUUUGCCCUGACGCGCCUGGAUCAGAACCGCGCAGCUGGGCAGAUUGCACAUCACUUCGGGAUCUCAGUGAAUGAAGUGAAGAACGUGGUAGCUUGGGGCUCGCAUGCCAAGUUUCCAGACAUUGAGCAUGCCAUCAUCAAGGGAAAGCCCGCAACACAAGCCCUAUCAACCAUGGAAGAGAGGAAGCGCAUCAAUGACCUCUUCCGAAAGGAGAUGCAGCAGAGAGGAGCCAGCAUCGUGAAGGCUCGAAAGGCAAGUAGUGCCAUGUCCACUGCCCGGGCCAUUGUGGAUCACAUCCAUGACUUGCACUGUGGAACGCAGCCGGGUGAGUUCGUUUCAAUGGGCGUCUGGUCUGACCAUGGUGCCUAUUCCAUCGGAGAUUCCCUGGUCUUCUCCGUGCCGGUGAUCUGCUAUGGAGGCGGUCGAUAUCGUGUCCACCCAAGCCUCUCGCUGAGCUCCUCCAGUCGCGAUAAGCUGAGGCAAGUUGAAGCCGAGAUCGCUGCGGAUCGUGACUUUGCGAAGCAGUUCAUGAAAAGUAGCCCAGGCCCCUCAGCACCCUCCAGUGCCUCCUAA